GCCAUAAAGCACGCCGCUUAUCCGUCCUUUCUCUCUCUUCCCAUAUACCAUCAACACAGCAUAUUCACCUACUCUCUCUCCAUUGGUAUCCAUUUACCUCGUGCAGGCCUUCUUAACCACACACAGAGCAUCGCCUACGGCCACCGCGCAGCCACCGCCUCACGCACCUCCCCACAUUAGGCAUUAGCGACACUUUAUUGCUCCCAACCUCUUCAUCUAGUAUAUCCAUCCCUUCAUCUACUAUACCCCAUCCAUACAUCUCAGAGCUGCCUGUCAUGUCCCGCUACGAUCGCCUCCGCUCUUGCUCACCUGGCAUCGCCUCUUCCACAUCUAUCUGGACAGUCUCGGACGACGAGGAGUCGUACCCGAGAACCUAUUUCCCCCAUUCUUAUGUCAGGGAUGACGACCUGCUUGCAAACAUCUCAUCACGAACUCAUUUUUCCGGUUCCCGCCCUCCCAAGGUUGACGCCGCCACGAAGCCACGACGCAACGCCCCGGGAGCGUACUCGAGCGCGGACAGGCCUGCGAUACUAGAGGAUGGGAGAAUAACGGAUGACCACCCACUAGUCGAUCUAUACAUCCAGCGCCUCGCUGCUGUGUACAACGUGGAAAUCGGGCACCUCGAGAUGACGCCAUUUAUCUCCCAUAUGCCACCGGACAUGAAGGGCUCACUGAAUGUCGGGAAGGUGCUGGACGUGAGCGCGGUGCUGGACAUCGGGCUGACGUUGAACGAACUCCAGAGCGCGUGUAUUCUCUCGCUGGCAGCGCUAAAGGUGCUCUACAGCUUCGAUCACCAGGCGCACUGGGCACUGUGGGGGAAAUGCGUGAGGGAGCGCACUGCGGCGGUCGUGCAGCGAGUCUCGUGCCACACUCCCCGGUUGAUCCACUCGAGUGUCUGCUGGGUGGGCAAGAGUGAGAACCUUAUAGCACUCUCGCGGGCACACUUCCUCCGACUGCUGGUCAGCGAUUCGGAAGUGGACAAGCGAUCACUCCGGGAUCGCAAGGUCACUGUAAAGACCGCAGUUGCUCCGGUCAACCCUCCGCGGACACGCUCGCGCACGACCACCUCUAACGACAAGGCGAAGCUAGGCGAGGAGGAUGCGGUGGCGGAGAACCGCGUCCGGACGCGAUCGGCCUCGAGGGUUGUGGAGGAGGCGGAGGUUGUGGCUGCGGAGAACGAGUCUGUUCUCGAGCAAGCGUCCAGUGCCAUCCUCAUGCUUGCAAAUGCCACGGUUUCCGCGGAUGCGGCCAUCGAUAUCGAGACAGUUGAAGAGCCAACCGCUGACGAGAAACCCGUCCCUAUCGAAGAAGCCGCCUCUAUGGCUGCUAUAUGUGUACCAGCCGAUGCACCGUCUGAAAUCGCUAGAUCAGCACCCACUCAAGAGGAGCCUGCUGUCCAUGACGAGUCCGUAAUCACCGAAGAGGUCGCCGCUAUCGCUGCUAUCCCUGCAUCAGUCGAUGCAGCAGUUGCCACUGCUAGACCGGCGCUUACUAGACGCUCCUCGAGACGCGUACAGAAGAAACGGACCGCGACGCCCGCACCCGAGCCUUCUUCGCUGGCCUCAGCAACAGCGGCGAACACUUCUUGCCCAAGUGAUCUGGCCGCGCUGAGCGCACCGUCUACUACGCCUGCAGUCGAGUCUCUUCCCACCACGCGCUCCAGUACUGUGGUUAGUGACAGUGCUGAUUCUGACCAGACGGUCGUCCCAGAGGACGGCGGCUCGAAGCCCAAAGGGAAGAAGAGAAAGGCCGCCGAGAUUGAGGGAAUUGAUGGCGAAGAGACUCCGGAGGGACAGGAAGAGGGUCCACGGCGGAAGUCACGUCGCGCCGUGGUGAAGACGGCGAAGGCUCGCGAGGCGGACGUCGCGCCCAAGAGGCUGCCUGUACCGCGGAAGACAAGCACGCGCGCCAAGAAGGCGAAGACUUGACGAGAAGAGCAUGCUUAUGUUCACGAUACUUAUGAGCCACGGGAGGGAUGAACCUGCAUAUGCAUUGUACGAUCCCGCAUACUGUACUUUUACUAACUUAUUGCGACCUGUGAAUGGCUCUAUAUCAAUAUUUGCCUCGGCCCUCAUGCAACAUAUGUACUAUUAGAUGAUCUACUACAUCGCAUCCAUACCAUAAUAUAAUAUUCCAUCUCCC